AUGAAUAAAUCAAAAUAAAAUCUUAAUUCCUUAUUUGAUCUCUCGCUCAUCGUUGAAAAAAUCAAAUUCUUGGAAGAAUAGCAAUCUACAAUAUUCAAUUUAAAACAAAAUCAUAAUUAUGAUUGGCUUAAAAGAUCGCAUACAUAAUCUAUUCCUAAAGUUGUUAAUGAUCUUGAGAUUAGAAAGAAAUUUAAGGAAAUCCAAAGGGAUUCAUUAUAAUCCUGGAAACCUAUCAUAUUCCCAACUAACUAUAAUAAAUCUUAGAUUCGUUCAAAAUAAAACAAUAUUACCCCAAGCCCUUAAGAAAUCUCAAUAAAUAAGAAAAUUCAUUCAACACCAAUUAAAGUUUAAAAUGAAGUGAAUAAAAGAGUCAAAAGCACUGACUUUAGAGUUUAGCUUAAGAAAACAGAAGCACAAGAUAUUGAAGCCUAAUUUCUCGAGACUAGAAAUAUCAUAAAACAAUUUAAUAGAAUCAAAAGAAAAUCAGUAAGAUUUAAUAUUUUAACCUGA